UUUAUGUGUGCAGUAAAUACGUUGGGUGUAUGUGAUAGAGGCCAUGGUCGGUCUUUGACAGUCUGUCAAAUUUUGCAGGCCUUGGCUUCGGAUGCCUGGUGAGAGAGUCUCCCCAUAAUUCACGUCGAUCUCUUUCCCUCACAUUUCCUGGCCGAUCUUGCUCACACGGUCACACACCCCUUGCUGGCCUUGGUCCAAGUACUUGAGAUACAUACCCCCAUCCGCCCUCCCUCUGAUGAAGGUCCUGCAGUGAUCUCCUCAUCGUCGCCAAAAACCCAACCAGUGUACAUAUUUAUUCAAACAUACAUAAUGUCAAGCAGCGCUCAAGAUGAGAGAAUCAGCUACCAGGCUUUCUACCCCAAAACGUUCUUGUUCUCGCUCUUCGUCGCCGUUUACAGUCACCGUCGUCGCUCACUCCAACUCUCGGGUGCGUUUGCAGCCAAUCUGAUAGGCUAUCUUACCCUCGCCAACCCGAACCCAAUCUUCGGCGGCGCGCUUCUCUCCUUCUUCACUCUGGGAACGAUCGCUACAAAAUAUAAGCAAAAGAUCAAAGCCAGUCUGGUGGAUGAAUCCGAUCAGGAAGUUACUCCCCAUGACUCCAGCAAGACGAAGCUGGCUGUCGGCCCCAAUGCCCAUCCAGGUAGAGACUGGAAACAAGUCCUUUGUAAUGCCUGGUUUGGUACCUUGUGUGCACUAUCCUAUAGCUUCUUCGACCCCGAGUCGAGUCUUUCCAAUGAGCUUCCAGGUUCCAAUCAAUUCGGGACCACCCACACCGGGUCACUUCGAAAGGCCUUAGUUUCGGCCGCUCUUGCAUAUUGGGCUGGUUGUGCCGGUGACACGUUUGCAAGUGAACUCGGAAUUCUGUCUCGAUCCAAACCGAGGCUCAUCACUAAUCUCAAAGAGGUUCCACCCGGGACUAAUGGAGCAGUGAGCCUCUUGGGACUAGUCUUUUCGGCCCUAGGGGGUCUCCUGGUCGGAGGAGUCAGCUCUUUUACCGGCGAACCGCAUCAGCCGAGAGAAUACAUGGUCUUCAGCUGUGGUAUCUUUGGCUUGUUGUGCUCGAUGAUCGAUUCGGUUUUGGGCGCCAUCUUGCAGCAGACUAUCUAUUCCAAGAACGAGAAGCGAGUGGUUGCUAAGUCGAAAGUUCCAAUGGGCGGGACUCGGGAGAUCGUGGUAAUCUGCGGAUACGAUUUGCUGACAAACAACCAAGUCAACUUGAUAUCUUCAACUGCUACUGGACUUUUGGCUGGUUUACUGUCUUACUACUCUAUCAUCCCAUGAAGCUUCUCUCUACAUAUUCAGCUCAAGGGAUCCAUAUCAAAAUUUGAAUCUUCCCAUAAAGAUAGUCAAUAAACCUAAAAACAAUGCACCAGACUUUGUAUAUAGCAUAACAAAAGAGAGAAUAAGAGUAGUUUUUGCUUAUCUAGUGUUUCUGUCUAAUUUAAAAACUUUCAUACCUUUGAGGGCUCAUCUAGACCCACUAACUGUGUCCUUGAAGAUUUACCAGACAUUCCAUAUC